UUACCGACCCAAAACCAUUUAGGGUUCCUCUCUCUCACUGCCGGUAUUUCAAAAGUCAGUUGUGAAUGCUAGUAACAUAGGCGGUUGCGUUCUCUUCUUAUUCAGAUUCUCGCUCUCUUUUGUAUUGAGAGAUUCAUCAACGAUUUGGGGAUCUAGGGUUUUUACUGCUUGUUAAUGGGCCACUUCAACUCCUUCAUCCCACUGCAAUAGAACCAGUACGACUCUCUCUCUCAAUUCGUUAACUUUUCCCCUCUCAUUUCGAAAGCUUUUUGCCUUGCCGACAUGAUUGCAGCAAUGGCGGCAGACGUGCCAGUGAAUGCCCAGGUGGUCAAUUCGUGCUGUGCUACGUGGAAACAGAAGUACUCGAAGCUCGAAAAGGGACGGAAUGCACUGCGGGAAGCUGUGCACUUACUUCAACAGGAGGUUGAAAGAGCUCAAGCCGAGAAUUCCAAUCUCAAGACAGCACUCGAGGAAGAACGAUCACGGGCAGAUAUUGAGAAAGAGGAGAAAGAGAAAGCAUCUGCUGCUGGGUUAUCUUUGGAGAAAGAAAUUUCUAGGUUGAAAUCUGAGAUUUCCGUAAAGCCGAGAGGAAAUGUAGAUGCCCAAUAUAAAGGUGAAAUAAACCUUCUCAAAGCACAAGUUUCUGACCGGGACAAGGAAAUUAAUUGUCUCAAGGAUCUUAUUGAGAGAGAGAAGAAAAGGGAAGACUCAGCAAGUAAGAAUGCCCAUGUUGAGAAAGAGGAGAAAGUAAAGGAAACUGCUGCUAGGGCAUCUCUGGAGAACGAAAUUUCUGAGUUGAAAUCUGAGAUAUAUUCUCUAAAGCAGAGAGGAAAUGCAGAUGGUCAAGAUAAAAGUGAAGUAAACCUGCUUAAAGCUCAACUUGAUGACUAUGAAAAGAAAAUUAAUCAACUCAAGAAGCUUAUCGAGAGAGAGAAGAAAAGGGCAGACUCAGCAAGCAAGAAUGUAGAAGUGGAGAAGAAGAAAGCUUCCGAAGCACGAAAAUCUGCUAAAGCUGAAAAAAGUAAGACUGAUGACGAAAGGAAGCGUGCCAAUAUUGAAAGAGAGAAGGCUGAGAAUUAUGGGCUUCAGUUGGAGGUACUGAAGAAAGAAGCUCAUAAAGUAAAUUCUGAUCUGGCUUCUGAGACAUUGAAGCUUGUUGAGGCGAACCGGAAGCUUGAGGGAGAAAAACAGAAGGUGGUCAAGGAGAGAGAGAUUGCAAAUUCAGAGAAGGCCAAGGCUGAUGAACACAGGAAGUUUGCUGAAGCCAAUAGGAAGAUGACUAUGGAAGAAAAACAUCGUGCUGAACGUUUAUCUAUGGACCUGGUAGAGAGUAGGAAAAGGGUUGAUGAGUUACAGAAAGAGAUAAAUGAAAUUAGGCCUUUAAGAGAAUUGGAUGAGGCUCCAAACGCACAAUCGUUUAACAAUAGAAGUGGUGUAGCUUUCCAAGAGAGUAAAUCAGAUGAAUUGAAAUUGGUUUUGGAGCAUCCAAAUUUUGAGGAACUGAACAAAAGGUAUGAAAUUGAAAAACAGAAGGUAAUCAAGGAGAAAAAACGGGCAGAAUCAGAGAGGGUGAAAGCUGAAAAGCAGAAAAAGCUUGUGGAAGUGAAUUGGAAGAAGGUGAUGGAAGAAAAAUCUCGUGCUGAUCAUCUGUCUAGACAGUUGGAAGAUGCUAAGAAGAAGAUUGAGGAAUUAUCCUCCAGAAAAUUAAUUGAUGCAUCGGCUGUCGAACUUCGAAAAGAUAAGGUUGAUGAAAGUGCAAAAGUGAAACACUUGAAGAAACAACUUAAGUUUGAGAAAAAGCAAAGAAAUCAUGCUAAUGAAGUGGUCAAGCUGGAAAGAAGUCGGAACAGCAUCUUGCAACAGGAACUAGGUCGCAUGGAAGUGGAGUUUGAUCAAUUUUCACAGCGCCUGGGUAUGCUAAAUAAGGCUUUUUCUCAUAGUGCUGAAGGUACAGAUGACCUAAAAAAGAUGAACCUUCAAAGUGGAGUUAAGCGUCUCAAGCCUGGUUGCCCAGUUUUGGAUGCAAGAGAAGCCACACAACAUACUGCACCGUUUCUUCUUUUAUCUGGAGGAAACUGCACUGAUUCUAUUUCAGGUAUUGAUUCUAUACUGGAGUCUCCAGUCAGAGGCUCUAACCGAAAAAUGUUACAGAGUUCUGCAAUACAUUCCAAUAGGGAAUCUUUUUCUGAUAGACAGUUGGUGGGCUCACAGGAAAAAUUGGUUGAGGAGAAUGUGCAACCAACAAUAUCCAACUUAUCUGCUGAGGUUACCAAAAUAAAUUGCAAUGAAAAUGCUGCUGUGGUUGCCGAAAACAGUGUCAGAAGUCCUUUUAGAACUGAUGGGGUUGGAAAAGUUAAUGAGCAUAGCAGGAAAAGAAAGAGGAUACUUCAUGUGGUUGAAUCAAUUGAGGAUUUAUAUACAGAGGGUAAGAAGUUGCACAUGCGGAUAGAGGAAAACCUUUCUGUCAUGCAUUGUUUGUUGAACAAGCAAAUGGAAAAACAUUAUGAAGAAGGGAGAUAUCUGCUUCCUAGUCUGCAGGGUAAUGCAAUGCACGGAAAGCUAUAUAAAAAGGGAAAUGAAGGUAUUGAAGAUAAACUGGCAAGGCAGAAGUAUGCUGACAGUGAUGAGCAAAAGAUGGCCAAUAAAUUUGAAAAUGAAGUCUUUGGAUAUGCAAGUAUCUGCAGACAAGUUCCAUCAAAUGCUAAUGAGCUGAUAGGGGUUGCUCAAGCAAUCAGAGAAGCUGCUACAAGUGAUUUUGAAACGUUGGCAAGUUUUGAUGAAGUAACCGAUGGGAACUACCUGAAACUGUUAGACUUGGACAAUGCUUCUGAUGAGGAAUGCUACAGGAUGGCUAUGGAAGUGCCACUGUCUCCUACACUUCCCGAGAUUGACGUUCAAGGUCUUGAAGCAUCUGGUGCAGAUAAUCUUAAACCUUCAUCAAAGGAAUCCUACUGUGAAGGAUCAUCAAGUAAAGAAGAAAAACAGUCACCCUCUUAUGGAGUUGAAGUUGAUGCUGUUGACAUACUAGGGAAGAGCGGGGAUGUUUUUGGUAAUUCUGUUACGACGACAAAAGCUCGUGAUCUCAAGGACUCUGGUACUCAACUGAUGUCUGAUGCUCCGCUUGCAAGAAAUGUGGAGGCUGUGUUCCCCCUUGGAAGUGAACUUGGAUAUCUGGUGUUAUCUAAUUUUAAGGACAGUAGCAGCAUUUCUAGGAUAUGUUAUGCCUUCAGAGGUUGUAUUACACGGUACCCUUUAAUUACUCACACAGAUUGGAGGGUGCGAGAAAUUCUGCUUGCUCUCAAGACUGAAGAAAAACUAUUACCCAAGGAAAAGGUUUGCAUAUUCUUUUCAUUGUUGCUGCUUAACUUCUCCACUGCUGCUCUGAUUAAAUUUGGGAGCUUGAAUCGGACUUCAAACCCCUGCUUGGAUUCUUAUGUUCGACACAUGUGCUCAGUGAUGUCUGAUUGGGAGGGGAGAAGCAUAUUUGCAGAAUUUGGUAGUUUGGAGGAAUCACUUAGUAUCAUGGAGGAUUCCCUAAUAAAUGGAAGAUUUGUGGUGUGUAAGGAUUAUUCUUCAGAGACCUUGGUUGAUGGGGUUCAUGUAUCCUCUCGACCAGCAUCAGCCGAUGAGUUGGUAGCAGGGAGCAUUGUUUUAGCAUCAAUAUGUGCAGCACUUGACCACACUGGUUUUAUUUGCGAAAUGUCCUACAACAUUUUGCAGACUAGCAGGUCCAAUCAUUCAUUGGUUCUGAGUAUCCUGCAUGUUUUUGCUUAUCUGGGAGGAGAGAAGUUUCUUAACUUUGGCAAUUCUAAUUUAGUGAUUAUCAUGAAAUCUAUAGUUACACAUCUCGAGGGAGUAAGCUCAUCAGAUACUGCUAGUUCUUUUAUUCCAUCUGUGAGCAACUCUCGAAUUAUGUUCAGUCCAUGUGUCAAAUGCCCAUUCUCUGAGGAUUCUGUCUCUGUCGACGCUGCUACAUCAUUGCUUUUAGAAAGGCUCCAAAUGAAUGCUUCUGUUCAACCAAACACUUGUACCAGUUUCAUGCUUUGCGAUCUCAGCAACCUCCUAUCAUUGGUGGAGUUGGUUGCAAUCAUUAUGAGUUGGGAAUGGACAAGUGCCAAUAUUAUCCCUCGGCUAUUGAAAGUUAUGGAAUCAUGCAUGGCUGAGAAUGUGAUUACUGGAAUUGUUGUUCUCCUUGGUCAGCUUGGGAGGAUCGGAGUUAAUGCCCUUGGAUAUGGAGAUAAAGAAGUUGAAUUCUUGAGGGGGGAAUUAUCUGCAUUUUUAUGUAGGGACUCUGCAACAAGUGUCGGCCUUCCUACUCAAAUUGCCACUGUCACGGCAUUGUUGGGGCUUCUCUCUUCUGAUUUCAAAACAAUUAUUCAGAAUAAUGCAAUCUCAGCAGCCAUUGGAAGUCAGUUCGGUCCUGCUGAGUCUAUAAGAAAGUGGUUUUCUUUGCUGCCGAAGAAGCAACAAGAUUUUUCAUUCGGCCUUCUGCAAACAGCGGGUAUGGAACCUGAGCCUGAGAUACCGUGUUGCAAAACUUGAUGUGGUCGCAAGGGUUUUCUGAUGUGUUGUUGAAAUGUACACGCAAAUUUUUUAAAGGUUCGUUUAAAUUUUCAUCUUCUCAUUGGGGAGAAUUGAGAUUAAUCGGGAGUAGGAAAUUUUGUUGAUUUGCACCCCCGAGUAGGGUGGAGAAAUUGAAGAUUCAGUGACAUCCAACGUGAAUGCGUUUUUGUUAUUUUCACGGAAGAAGUUUGCAAGUUUCUGAGCCGGUUAUUGUGAUGGAAUGAAUGUAAAUUUUGUUUUGAAACCAUUGCAUCAGAUGAGUAAAUUUUUGUUGAGCUUUAA